AUGAACAAUUCCAGCAUAUCCACCGAACUGAGUACAGAAGCAUGGAUUACACCAGUGCUUAUAAUGUACGGACUGAUAUUCCUGACUUCUAUAAUAAUGAACUCGUUAGUUGUGGGAACUUUUUGUCGAUACGAGUGUUUGCAUUCUAUUCACGAUCAUCUUAUUUUCGCGCUGUCUUCCGUAAAUAUGAUCCUUCUAAUUGGAAUGCCUUUUUACCUGAUGUACUCUAUAGGUUACUCCUUUGUGUUAAAUAGUCGGUACUUCUGCCUUCUGAACUAUGUGAUUCUACACGGUGGAAUUGGAUGUUCUGUAUUCCUUCAGUUAGGAUUAGCAUUAGAUAGAUACAUGUGCAUCGUAUGGCCUUGGAAACAUUCCAAAAUACGCAAGCGAUAUGUGGUUUUAUAUGUCUUGAUGUCUUAUAUUUUUGGAUUUGGAGUUAAUCUUCUUCCAGCCUGGGGGUGGAAUAGUUGGUCCGAAUACAACAAAUGCGUCUGGGGGAGUUUUCCCUGGGAAUAUCGAUACUUUGUACGGAUAACAAUGAUGGUGAUUCUUGUCGUUAACCUUGGAAUUCAUCUCUAUGUUCUGCAUGUCGCCAAUCGUCACUCAAGGAAGAUCAGACGGCUUAUCAAGCGGAUUAGAAAAGAGCAUUCUAGGACACGUGGAUGCGAGCAUACGGCCGUGACCACUGUAGUUCUUCUUGCAGUCAUUUCGUCCUUAUGCUGGUUUCCAUAUUGGAUUGCGGCCUUAGUUCUGCCACAAAAUACACUGACCACCGUCUUCAUUCUUCAGAUUUUAUACGCCAUCAUUAUACUGAAUUCUGUGACAAGUCCGCUCUUAUUUGUAAUGAGGAAUAGACAUUUCAGAGAUGCAAUGUGUAAAAUGUUAGUAUUGAGUCCAAAGUUACAUCACUGCGGUAGUUGAAAUGUUC